AUGUGGAGCUACGGCAGGGGGCCUAGCCAGUCCAGGGCCCAGCGGAUUGUUCUGAUCGCACUCUGUUACCUGAUUCGUCUAGCUGCACCGACGAACGAAAUAUGGCCAGUGGAACGUCCGGAUGGAAUGCCUUCGAUAACGGCAUUGGAGGUGAUGUGUGGUAAAGAUCAUAUGGAUGUGCAUCUAUCCUUUUCGGCUCCAUUUGAAGGCAUUGUAAGCUCUAAAGGGCAACACAGUGACCCGCGAUGCAUCUACGUGCCGCCGUCAACGGGGAAGACGUUUUUCACGUUCCGCAUUUCGUACUCACGGUGCGGUACGAAACCUGAUCUAAACGGACAGUUCUACGAAAACACGGUCGUGGUGCAGUAUGACAAGGACCUGCUCGAGGUGUGGGACGAGGCAAAGCGGUUGCGUUGUGAGUGGUUCAACGAUUACGAGAAGACUGCCUCCAAGCCGCCGAUGGUCAUAGCCGAUCUUGACGUUAUACAGCUAGACUUCCGCGGAGACAAUGUGGAUUGCUGGAUGGAGAUUCAACAAGGUAAAGGACCAUGGGCGCCAGCAGUGAGCGGCAUCGUGCCGCUCGGCUCAACAAUGACGCUGGUGGUUGCGAUUAACGAUUUUCGCGGUGAGUUCGAUAUGCGUGUGAAGUCGUGCGUUGCCUCUGACGGUGCCGGGCACGUGAUAAAGCUUUCGGACGAGUACGGGUGCGUGCUGCGCCCGAAGAUGAUUUCCCGCUUCCUUAAGGCACGUGCACCCGAUGAUAAGGCGUCCGUCAUCACGUAUGCGUUUUUCCACGCGUUCAAGUUCCCGGAUGCUCUAAGCGUGCACAUCAAGUGCAAGGUGGAGAUCUGCCGUCACGGUUGCCUCGAUCACUGCCAGCACAGUGGGGUGCCGGUCGGAGGAGCUCCGGGCGGUUUGCCGGCCGGUGGCCUCAAACAGAACGAUCUGCUCGAGCGUAAGGACACGCUGGUGAACCAGAACAGCAACGACAUAUUGGCUGAUUCGGCCGAAGCUGAAAUUGAUUCCGGAAUGAACGCACAAGACGUGUACUAUGAUGAUAUUAUUCACACCGAGAAGCAUCUCAACCAGUACCGAAAGCCGGCACCAGGGCCUGGACCCGGACCAAUGGUACAGAAGAAGAAGGAUGGCUACCUGCAGUUCCAUCAUCAAGGGCGCGAACCGAUGGACGAUAUCGAGUCGCUGUUCCUAAGUGACCACUCGACCAUGUCGGCGGAGAUGAUGAAAAAGUCACAGUCGCAACCGAUGAUGCAUGGUCCGCCACCCGGUAUGCCGGGCAUGCCGGGCAUGCCAGGCGUAGGGAUGGGCCCGGGCAAAUAUCCACCCCAGCAGCAACAGCUCAGCUCAAAGCCAAUGCCCGGCCCUGGCACGCCGAUGGAGGAUGACAAGUUCCCGCACGGACCGCGCCAAAUGGACGCCGAAAAGCGUAUGGGACUGCCGGCGGUGGCUGGACCACGCUCGCUCAACCUCGACGCGGAAGAUGUGCAAAACCAGAGCUACUACACCUCGACGGGAGGCUCGCACGUGCGUCAGCGGCGCUCGGUACGCGUGGUCGAUCGUGCGGCCCGUUCGGCGGACAUCGGCGUGAGCGGUAUCUAUGAGGUGAUUUCGGAGGCAGAUUUGGCCUUCAAUCCCGACAGCAAGCAGGAGGCGGUCACCGUGUUCCAGGGCAAGAUUACCGAGGAGGUUGUGUACGGUAUCUGCAUGCCAGUGCCGGGCUUCAGCAUUCUCUUUAUUCUGGUCAUCUCGGCGACAAUCAUUUCCGCGCUUAUUGCCGGCUCGCUGCUGUACAGAUACCAGCUGCAGAAGGAGAUGAUCGCUAACCGAUCGGCAAGCCACAACGCACCGAUGAACUCGAUUGCAACCUGGAUGACGUUGCGUUUGUUCCGCUCCCGGCACAGCGCUUCCGUUGUUGGUGGUGCUGCUGUGCGCCCGAUGGACCUUAACGCUAGUAACCAGUGA